ACCUUAUUUGAUGAAACAAUUGUCCAUCGAAAACAAAUUAAUUCUUCACGCGUAUCGGUUGCGUCCGGUGACGGUUGCUUUCGAAGUGUUCAUGUUUUUAAGUUGUCUUUCUAACGCGAACAGUGGCCCGGAUCGCUCGCUACCGACUGGUAGCUGAUUCGAAAUGUGUGCGCCAUUAUCAGUGUUAAAUUUAUGAAUAAUAUAAAAUACCGAUUGGUUAAUUGGAAUUUAUCAGAGUUUAUGUCGAUAAGGCGAUAGUUGAAUUUCGUGGAAUGUGGAUUUAAAGUCAGUGUGGUCAAUGUGAUGGAGUGAUCGGUGUUUCGUGCAGUGUUUACGUGUGACAACAAGUGUACGUACUAUGUGGGGAGCGGCGGUGUCGAAUCCUCCGCAUUACCAUUAUGUUCAGGGGCCAGGAAGUCCUGUUUCGCCAGGAGGUCCAGCCGGUCCAAUAUUGUCAGGUCCGAAUACCCGACAUUUAAGACCGCAAUCGUCUUACUCUCUUCCACACGGCAGCAACGGGCCUGGCCGCUGGGGAUGGUCUGGCAAUCAUGUAUCGUCAUUCGAUAGAAGACAAUUAAAAGUUCCUCCGCAACCAGCGCGUCCAGCGCCAGUGCGGCCCACUUACAAUAGGCAUGCUGGAACUAAUAGGGUCGACCCGGAGCUGAUCUUCACGAAACAAGAGAAGAUCGGCAAGGGUUCCUUUGGUGAAGUGUUUAAGGGUGUAGACAACAGAACCCAGCAGGUGGUUGCCAUCAAAAUCAUCGACUUGGAAGAAGCCGAAGAUGAAAUCGAGGAUAUACAACAGGAGAUCAUGGUGCUAUCACAGUGUGAUAGUCCGUACGUCACUAAAUAUUACGGAUCAUAUUUAAAGGGAACAAAACUAUGGAUCAUAAUGGAAUAUCUCGGAGGCGGCUCCGCCUUGGACCUCAUGAAGGCGGGCAGCUUCGAGGAGAUGCACAUAGCGGUCAUACUGCGGGAAGUGCUACGGGGUCUGGACUACUUGCAUUCCGAGAGAAAACUGCACAGGGACAUCAAAGCGGCCAACGUUCUACUUAGUGAAAUGGGAGACGUCAAACUGGCUGACUUUGGUGUCGCGGGCCAGCUCACCAACACGACGAGUAAGCGCAACACAUUUGUGGGCACGCCCUUCUGGAUGGCUCCAGAGGUUAUCAAGCAGUCGUGUUAUGAUAGUAAAGCGGAUAUUUGGUCGUUGGGCAUCACGGCGAUCGAGCUGGCGAAGGGCGAGCCACCCAACUCGGAGCUGCAUCCGAUGAGGGUGCUCUUCCUCAUACCCAAGAACAACCCCCCGCAACUGACCGGCAGUUAUUCGAAGCCGUUCAAAGAGUUCGUCGAGGCGUGUCUGAACAAGGACCCUGAGAAUAGGCCGACGGCAAAGGAAUUGCUUAAGUUCCAGUUUAUUAGAAAAGCGAAAAAGAACUCUUAUCUAAUGGACCUUAUAGAUAGGUAUAAGAAAUGGAAGGCGCAACGGAGUGAAGAGAGCGAAACCGAGUCGGAAAAUUCGGAUUCGGAGGAGAGCAGCCGCGGCGAGCUGGAGGCGGACGAGCCGUGGAUCAUGACGGUGCGCGGCGGCGGCGCGCGCGCGCUGCACCAGCACCACGCAGACGACAACAAGCGCCGCGCACACGACGACCUCGCGGUGAUCUCGUCGUCGCCGCCGUCGUCGUCCCCGGCAGUGGCGCCGCACGCGCACCCCGCCGCGCACGCGCCGCACGCGCCGCACGCGCCGCACGCCACGCACGCGGCGCCCGCGCACAAACAGAACGGCGCCCUCAGCGCGCGCGCAGACGACCUGCCCGCCGACCUGCCAAACAACAACAACGCCAACGACAAACCGCCUUCGCGGCAAUCGUCCAACGCGCAAGUGUCUAUCGAGCAGCGCAACUCUAAGGAGAGGGACAGGGACCGCGGCGACAGGGAGGACAGGAAGGAGAGACAAGAACACCAACCUUCCAACCGCGACAGCGUAGUCUAUAAUAAAGCCUCUUCCCCUCUGGACCAUAGAGGAUCAAACAGCGAGGAGAACAAAGUGAGGAGGCAUCCUUACUUGCAACAAUUGAUAUAUCCCCUAUUGAACGAGGUGUCGCGCAAGCACCCGGGCAGCGCGGGCGCGGUGGAGGAGCUGCGCCGCGCCUUCGAGCACGCCGAGCGCGCCGCGCCGCACCUCACGCGCGCCUUCGUGCAACAGGUGGUGCAGAGGGUGGCGACGCCGUCGCACGCGGGCGCGCUGCCCCCGCCGCCCGCGCCGCCCGCCGCGCCUCCCCCUGCCUCCGCCGCGCCACACGCGGGCCACCACUGGAUGAGGUAGGGAUCUAUAAUACACGAGGUUGCGUCAGCUGGCGGCCGUCGCUCCUUCCUGCGGCUCCUGCACCACAACCCGCCUGUCCGGCGCGCAGUGGCGGGGUGGAGUGCUGCUCCUGCAUGCCCUCCUGCGUGCCCUCCUGCGAGCUCGCGCCGUGCUACCUUAUUAGCUCUUAGCUCUUAGACGCUUACGUGCCGGACUCUCACAUUCUAAAUUAUCGAUGACUGACUCGGGUCCAUGGUUGUUCGUGGUGACCAUCUUCAAACUGCCUUCAAGUAUCUUGUAACGGUUAGGAAUGUCGUAAUGUAUUAUAUGCAAAAUAAAUGUUAAUCGUGCGUAUUCGAGUAGUUAGACAAAGUUUUCAUAUCGUUUGCGAACUUUCACUGAUUUCGUAUAAAGAUUUUAUUGCAUUUUGCAUCGACCAAAAUUGUAUUCUUAUCCGCUUGUUGAAAUAAUGUUUAACAGAUUGGAGAUCAAUUGUGACAAUAGGACGACCUGCGCCUCUGCUGUAACAGUACGUUGAGUUGUUAGGGUUGACAUGUGUUGCCGCAACCGAGUCACAAAGUUGCAAUGCCAUAGUGUAAUAAAUAAAAAGAAAAUAUAACGUAAUGAAUACUUAAGAUGGUUAUGUCUUAUAAUAUUUUAUAUUAUGUGCAUUAUUUAUGUAAAUAUCAUUUUAGUUGCCGUCACGCGAUAGACGCGCUGCGACACGCGACACGUCAGUGGCUGGUGUCCGCGGUGGGACAGUGAUGUCCCUAGAGUAGUAUCGAUAUACUUGUCGAUGUCGAUAUCGAUGCGAGCGUCGUGUCCGCGUGUAGUGUCGCUUCGAUGCGUCUACAUAUAGUUCCACUGUGAGUCGUUUAGCAUAAUUUUAUCUCGCGGCUGUUUGUUGAAUGCUUGUGUUUGUUUUACAUUGGUAUUGUUUCUUUUUUAAUUUAUAAAUAUUCGUGGAGAGCUAAUUCGCUACACUUCGCCAAUAUUUUGCCAUAAUGUUUUUUCUAAAAUUUACUUUUGCUAACGCGUGGUUUGUAUAGAAAAGUCUGAUUUGUAUUGUGAUCAGUCGUCGAAAUUCUAACGUAUUUAUGCUUUAGAGAUUGAUGUUUGAAACUCUGUUUAGAAAGCGAUAAGUGUCAUUCCAGACAAAAGACAAUAUUGUCAGCAUUUAUAGAAUUAUUUGUUUGAAAUAAUUUGAGUUGUAAUUAUGUUGUGAAGUUGUAACACCUGCGGACCGCAUCUGUUUAUGAAAAUUGUUAUAAAUUUCCGUAGUUUAGUUUUGAUGCUUAGUGUUAGUUGUGUAUUCGGCUACUUACCGGGUUUGAAUUAUAUUAGUGACUAAUAUUCACUUCUAAAAUGUGCGAAUACUGAAUCAACACUUUUGUUACAUAGUCGGAGAGUAAGGGGAGGAUGACCUUUUAAAGUAUUUUUUGGAUAAAAAGUUAACGACACCAACGACCAUACGGUGUCACAAAUAUAUAUAAAAAAAACAUGCUUAAUAUGCGACAAUAUUUAGCAAUCGGGAAGUAUAUAGAGUAUUUUAUGAAGACUACAAAACAAUUAUUAUUGCUGUGUAAAAAUGUAAACCUAAUGUAAACGUGUAAAUUGUGUAGUAUAAUAUAAAGAAAGCUGUUUUAUGAAGUGUUCUUAUAAGCAUAUGGAGAGUAGUUAUCGUGUUUCCAACGAGCCGCGGCGGCGGGGAGCGGCCACGGACACGCGCCGGCGCCGGCCCGGGCCUGUCACGGGACCGCCACGGCGUCGCCUCGGGCUCGCGCCGGGACGCGACGGGUCGCUCCCGCGCCGAUGCGAUUGCCUUGUAUUUUUGUUUGCCAUGUAAUAACAACAUGGGAGAUGUUUCUUUGAUUUCGUACGGAGAUCAAAAAUUAUUUUUCCACUUGAUCGUAUUGAUAAAUAAAGCGUGUAGUGUAGAGGUGGGCGAUAAUUGUUGAUUAUUGAUUAAAAUUAGGUGUUUGUGCAUUGGAUUGUAGAUGAGACGCGUUUGAGAUCGUUGCGAGCGGGUCGCGUGGAGAGGCGGCGCGGAGGGCCGGGGUUCGACUCCCGCGCCGGCUCUGCACGUGGCCGUGCGCUCAGUAGUGGAGACUAGUUGUUGUUAUAUUCGUGGAAACGCGGAGAGUUCACGGGAUCGCGUCGUUUGGUUCAUGGGUAUUUGUGAUCAUAAUUGCAUAGUUAAUAUAAAAUUAAAGUCUAUAUUAUUAUUAAUAUAAAAGUCUGUAUUGAAACCGGUAGUAUUUCUCUGUGUAGUGGUGUGGUUCCGAGCGGCGCCGCCGAGGAUAUAAAUAGCGAGCUCGUCAUGUAACUUGUACGGGACAGUCGGCGCGCUCUGCGCAUGUGCGGUUCCUCGAAGCGUCGCUCGGAACGGCACGGUAUAAUAAACUCACCGGCCCUCCAUUCUGCACCAAGUUACGGCUAACGGCGCCUACCAUUAGUGUAAUGGUCAAUUAAUGUUACGGCGUCUGUCAUUUCUAACACAUUAUGUAGGAAACAAAUUUGACUCUGAAUAAAAGAAGUUAUUUAAUUUUGGAA